UUUCAGUUUGCCUCUGUCUCCUCUAACGACUCUAACAUUCCCUUAAAAAUAACAUCAUUCUGGAUUAUUUGGAUUUACCAAGGUGGCAAAAGAGAUCAUGGUGCAUACCAUAGGAAUGAUUGAAGAUUGUGGGAAAAGGGGAAAUACCAUGGCAGAAAGAAGGCAGCUGUUUGCAGAAAUGCGGGCUCAAGAUCUGGAUCGCAUCCGUUUGUCCACCUACCGAACAGCGUGCAAGCUUAGAUUUGUGCAGAAGAAAUGCAACUUGCACCUGGUGGACAUCUGGAACGUGAUAGAAGCCUUGCGGGAAAAUGCACUGAACAACCUGGAUCCCAACAUCGAACUGAACGUGGCUCGCUUGGAAGCUGUGAUCUCAACUAUCUUCUACCAGCUCAACAAACGGAUGCCGACAACCCACCAGAUCAACGUGGAGCAAUCCAUCAGCUUACUGCUCAACUUCUUGCUGGCAGCCUUUGAUCCGGAAGGACAUGGUAAAAUUUCCGUUUUUGCUGUCAAAAUGGCCUUGGCAACUCUUUGUGGAGGAAAGAUCAUGGACAAAUUAAGAUACAUUUUCUCAAUGAUUUCCGACUCCAGUGGAGUGAUGGUUUAUGGCAGAUAUGACAUGUUUCUGCGGGAGGUUCUCAAGCUACCUACAGCUGUCUUUGAAGGGCCUUCAUUUGGUUAUACUGAGCAAUCAGCAAAAUCCUGUUUCUCGCAACAGAAAAAAGUCACAUUAAACACUUUCUUGGAUACACUCAUGUCUGAUCCCCCGCCACAGUGUCUAGUGUGGUUACCACUUCUGCAUCGACUGGCAAAUGUUGAAAAUGUCUUCCAUCCUGUCGAGUGUUCCUACUGCCACAGCGAGAGCAUGAUGGGGUUUCGGUACCGCUGCCAGCAGUGUCACAAUUACCAGCUCUGUCAGGACUGCUUCUGGAGGGGCCAUGCCAGCGGUUCCCACAGCAACCAGCACCAAAUGAAAGAGUACACGUCAUGGAAAUCACCUGCUAAGAAGCUAACUAAUGCACUUAGCAAGUCUUUAAGCUGUGCUUCCAGCCGUGAACCUUUGCACCCAAUGUUCCCUGACCAGCCUGAAAAACCUCUAAACCUGGCUCAUAUUGUGCCCCCCCGACCUGUAACCAGCAUGAACGACACACUCUUCUCCCACUCUGUUCCCUCAGGAAGUCCUUUUGCAAACAGAAGGUUACUUGGGGGUACAAAUGCAGCCAGUCCUGUGGCUGAUGAGCAUUCUCUUAUAAAGCUGUAUGUAAAUCAGCUUCACAACAAUUCACGCUCUCCUUCCAAGAAUACUGAAGUAGAGCAGAGCAAACUGCUGGCUAGGGCUGCUCCAGCUUUCUUGAAAGGCAAAGGGUUACAGUACAGCCUCGAUGUGGCAGACAGGUUGGCCGAUGAACAUGUACUCAUCGGGUUGUAUGUCAACAUGCUGCAGAGCAACCCCACACGUGUGCUCGACAGUGCAAGUCGCUUGGAUGAAGAACAUAAGCUGAUCGCCAGGUAUGCAGCAAGGCUGGCAGCAGAAACUUCUUCAUCACAGCAGCAGAGUCAGCAGAGAGGGGCAUCAGAUAUCUCCUUCACCAUUGAUGCAAACAAGCAACAAAGGCAGCUGAUUGCAGAGCUUGAAAAUAAAAACCGGGAAAUCCUGCAGGAGAUCCAAAGGCUGCGCCUUGAACAUGAGCAAGCGUCUCAGCCCACACCGGAGAAGGCACAACAAAAUCCCACUCUCCUUGCAGAGCUUCGGCUAUUGAGACAGAGGAAGGAUGAGCUGGAACAGAGGAUGUCUGCUCUCCAGGAAAGCCGGAGGGAGCUUAUGGUUCAGCUAGAAGGCCUCAUGAAACUACUGAAGACCCAAGGGGCGGGCUCCCCGCGUUCCUCACCCAGCCACACUAUCAGUCGACCAAUUCCAAUGCCCAUCAGGUCUGCCUCCGCCUGCUCCACCCCAACCCACGCGCCUCAGGACUCUCUGACUGGGGUGGGAGGAGAUGUGCAGGAAGCCUUUGCACAAAGUGCUAGACGAAACUUAAGAAAUGAUUUGCUGGUGGCAGCAGAUUCAAUUACCAACACCAUGUCUUCUUUGGUAAAAGAACUAAAUUCUGAAGUGGGCAGCGAGACAGAAAGCAACGUGGAUUCUGACUUUGGACGCGCUCAUUUUGAUGACCUUGUUCCAUCACCAACAUCUGAGAAGGCCUUCCUGGCACAGAUCCAUGCCCGGAAGCCGGGCUACCUCCACAGUGCCGCUGCCACCGGCUCCGUCCGCAGUGACAUGGUUACAGAAGAUGGAGACCCAUACGUCAGAGCAGAUGAUGAAAAUUAUGAGAAUGACUCUGUCCGUCAGCUGGAAAAUGAACUGAAGAUGGAGGAGUACCUGAAGCAGAAGCUGCAGGAUGAGGCAUACCAGGCAAGCUGCAGUCAAACGGACAACGAAAGCUAUGUAAGAACUGAUGAUGAGGAGAGCUGCUUUCGGACAGACGAUGAAGAAAACUCGGCUGCAAACUUCACAGAAGAGUGGAACCAAGAGGUGCAGCGUCUCUUGACAAAAAAAAAUCACAUAACUAAGUUCUGAGGAUUGUAGCACUGUACUUUUGUUCUAAGAGUUGUAGUUUGUAGGUGUGUGUUUUUGACAACAAGACUUUUGUUUAAAGCUGACUUAUAUUAGCUACAUCUUCUGUAACAUGGCUCAUUACUGGUGAAGAAAACAGACUGACAUACAUACUGCUGUUACAAAGGAUGGCAGUAUCAAUAACUCACCUAGACCCUUUGCACAUGAUAUUGAACCUGUUCAGUUUACAAUGACAAUACUGUUUAUAGAUAGAAAUUUGAUUUCUGAAUACUUUGAGAUUUUAGUAGAUCAGUUUACUAUACACUGUACAUUUUUUUUCCACAGAAGAAAUAAAAAGCUACAAUUAUGCAUUUAACACUGAAUGAUUAAACUCCUGAGUGUAUAUAUCUAGCAGCCCAAAAAAACAAAG